AGGGCGCGCCUCCAGAAUGAACAACUCCGCGUGCGUCAAAGCCGACACGCACGCGCCGUAAAUCGUCGGCGGUGGGCGCAGGCGUCGUGAAACGGGCCUGAGCCUGCGCAGACUCGGAAAACUCGGGCGAACUUAAGCAUGGCGGGCACUGGGCUGGUGGCUGGCGAGGUUGUCGUGGAUGCGCUGCCGUAUUUUGACCAAGGUUAUGAAGCGCCUGGUGUGCGGGAAGCGGCUGCGGCGCUGGUGGAGGAGGAAACUCGCAGAUACCGGCCUACGAAGAACUACCUGAGCUACCUGACAGCGCCGGACUAUUCUGCUUUUGAAACUGACAUAAUGAGAAAUGAAUUUGAAAGACUGGCUGCCCGGCAACCAAUCGAAUUGCUCAGUAUGAAGCGGUAUGAACUGCCAGCCCCGUCUUCGGGUCAGAAAAAUGACAUCACCGCCUGGCAAGAGUGCGUGAACAAUUCCAUGGCCCAGUUGGAGCAUCAGGCAGUUCGGAUUGAGAAUCUGGAACUAAUGUCACAGCACGGAUGCAAUGCCUGGAAAGUGUAUAAUGAAAAUCUAGUUCAUAUGAUUGAACAUGCACAGAAAGAACUCCAGAAGCUAAGGAAACACAUUCAAGAUUUAAACUGGCAGCGAAAGAACAUGCAGCUCACAGCUGGAUCAAAAUUAAGAGAAAUGGAGUCAAACUGGGUGUCCCUGGUCAGUAAGAAUUAUGAGAUUGAAAGGACUAUUGUGCAGUUGGAAAAUGAAGUCUUUCAAAUGAAGCAGCAACAUGGAGAGGCCAACAAAGAAAACAUCCGACAAGACUUCUGAGAAGACAAGUUAAUUCUGUGGAUAGAGAGGAAGGCGGGCUGGGCUUUUCCAGAUCAGACCCUGGUCUGUGAAGGGCAUCAUCUUAGGAGAUCGCCAGCGGUGUUUAGAAGCGGUAAAAAGUGGACUGUUAAUAUUCCCUUUGUACAUUAGCAAAAUAAAGAAGUUCGACUCAGUGGUAUUGUUUGCCAUUACAAAAAAAGGUUCCAGGGUUCUGAAAUAAUACGACUUUAGAAAAAUGUAUCAUAGGGUUAAUUUUGAGCCAUUUGGACCACAUUUUGUAUCCAAGAGAUCUUUGUUGACAAUUUUCAAUGUGUACAAGAAGUUGGAAACUUUUGGUUUGUAUAUUUUUCAAAUAAAGAGGUAGUUGUACACAAA